AUGCAGCUGCCACGGACUGUCGUGCUCUUUGGCUGUUGCCUUCUAGCGUUGACUCUCGUGACGGCGGCGCCCAGUCCGCAGGAGCCGAUCUUCCAUCUUCCGUUGCAGCUAGUUGGCUUUCCGGUGAUUAUAGCGGCCGUAAGAAUCACCAACUUCCUCAAGAAACUCGCGUAUUCCUUGAAUCCAGAUACUUACGUCAGUCGGACAAAACGGGCGCCCCCUUUGAUACACGACGAGGAGAUCUUGGACGUCGGUCACAUCGAGAAGAGGCUGGUGACCGAGCUCGGGAAUAACUUCUGCGUCUACGAGAGGAUCUGUGCCAAAUACGCGGAUCGAACCCUUCAGAGGAGAAGUCGGGAACGCGCUCUCGAUUGGAACGAAGUGUUCAGCGAGUACAAAUCAUCGCCCGACCCGAUGAAGGAGAAUUACUUACUGAGCGUCUUUCUGGGGGACGUUAUUGGCAGCCCGAAGCUGUGUCAUUUACUAGCGAAGAGAGGAAGAGGCUGCGAUAAUGCUAUCCUGUCGGAUUAG